AUGUUAGGCUUUUCAUGGGGUUACAGUCUUCAAAACAAACAAGAACCACAACAGCAGGUGAUGAUGGCAGAGAGGAAACAAGACAAUAUAACAACUAUUCCUACUCGCCAUAAGAGACAGCAUGAUAAUGACAACGACAUGGAUUCUAGUAUCCCUAGAUCUGCUAUUACCGCCAGUAGUACUGGUGGUAACAACAUGUUACUACGGAAGUAUAUGGUGGCUAAGAAGAAACCAAACUCUAUGGCUCAUACUUCGACAGUGUCAGCAUCUGCAAUGGCUGCUGCAACAGCUGCCACAUCUACCGCUGCAAUGUUAACCUUGGGAAAUACACCUAACUAUAUUGCUAUGAUAGAAGGACAACCAUUACCUUUGGAACGAAGUUUAGAUCUAAUGGACAAAUCACAACUACAAAAUGUAAUAAUGGAUCUUUUACAUGUACAUCCUCAAGUAAGCCAACAUUUACAAUCUUCUUUAUCUCAAUAUUCUUUCUCGAACGAUCGUAGGUUGGUUUCCCUAAGAGAAAAAUUCCAAGAUAUUUAUUCCACUAUCCCAUAUAACAAGGAUUAUAUGAGUAACAAUAUACCCAGACUAGAUGAUUAUGCCUUUGUUAGGUUGAAGCCAUUACUGCUAGAGUUUUUAAAUUGUCUUACAGAUUAUAUCCUUAACAAUAUUCCACCACGUUCAUCAAAUUUACAAGAAUCCCUAUUAUUCUUAGGCUCCUGUACUCAAAUGGUGUGUGAAUUACCAAGAUUUACAUUACCAAGUAACAACUAUUACUACGAUAAAUGUUUAGAACAACUGUCAUAUAUAUGGUGCACUUUAAUCCAACACUUAGCUCAAGAAGAUGAUACUUUGAACGGAAUGUGGGUGGGAGGUAACAGCAAGGAUGCUAUCAUUAAUAACUUAUACGAUAAGUUGAACCAAUAUAAUGAAACAGCCAACAAUCUGUUAGCACGUCCCUUGCAAUUGCUCAAACAUAUAAUGAAUACACAUUCCGAUAAGAGCACAUCCCAACAUGAAAAUAAUAACAAUAACAGUGGGCUCAAUAAUAUACUCACUACGGACCACAAAAACACAUUUUAA